GAAAGCCCCAGCCAAACUUCCUAAGACCCUGACAAGUUCAACACUGAGGAUGGAGUGUGGCAGGGAGAGCUCCACUGCCCCAGGACCCGUUGUCCCUCCAGAAGCACCCAUUUCAGUGCCUGGCUCCUCUUUCAUGGGGAAGCUCCAAGCACUCCCAGUCAGGCCCAGUGCCUCCUGUGGGGACCACAGUGGCCCAGCUGCGACAGGGGACAGCCCCUCAGACACUGGCCAAGGUGAGGAGCUGAACUGUGGCACAAAGAUCCCCAACCGGGACAGCGGGAUUGACAGCCCAUCCUCCAGCGUGGCCGGCGAGAACUUCCCCUGCGAGGAGCUCUCCCCAGGCUCUGCCUUGCUGCACCCCGAGACUGCCCCAGGCAGCCAGACCCCACAGGAGGGACCCCGGGAGGAGGCUGACAGUGACGUGGGUGAGGAGGCCGACCCCAGGAACAGCUCCCCAGGAAUCGACGAGGAAGCCAACGUGGCCCAGUGCUCCAACCCCCAGAAGCUGCUCCACAUUGCACAGGAGCUCCUGCAAACCGAGGAGACCUAUGUGAGGCGGCUGCACCUACUGGACCAGGUUUUCUGCACCAGACUGAUGGAAGCAGGCAUCCCCCCGGAGGUCACCACGGGCAUCUUCUCCAACAUCUCCUCCAUCUACUGCUUCCAUGGGCAAUUCCUGCUGCCUGAGCUGCGGGCCCGGAUCUCAGAAGAAUGGAACACAAACCCCCGGCUGGGGGACAUCCUGCAGAAGCUGGCCCCAUUCCUGAAGAUGUACGGUGAAUACGUCAAGAACUUCGACAGGGCGAUGGCCCUGGUAAGCACGUGGACCCAGCGCUCACAGCCAUUUAAGGACGUCGUGCACAGCAUCCAGAAGCAGGAGGUGUGUGGGAACCUGACACUGCAGCAUCACAUGCUGGAGCCCGUGCAGAGGGUCCCCCGCUACGCACUGCUGCUCAAGGACUAUCUGAAGAGGCUCCCAGCAGAUGCACCGGACAGGAAGGAUGCAGAGAGAUCACUGGAACUUAUCUCCACGGCUGCGGACCACUCCAAUGCUGCCAUCCGCAAAGUGGAGAAAAUGCACAAGCUCUUGGAGGUGUACGAGCAACUGGGCGGAGAGGAAGACAUCGUCAACCCAGCCAACGAGCUGAUCAAGGAGGGCCACAUCCAGAAGCUGUCAGCCAAGAACGGCACAGCCCAGGACCGCCACCUCUUCCUGCUCAACAGCAUGAUUCUCUACUGCGUGCCCCGACUGCGACUCAUGGGUCAGAAGUUCAGUGUCCGGGAGAAGAUGGACAUCUCUGGCCUACAGGUACGAGACACUGUGAAGCCAAAUGCAGCCCACACCUUCAUCAUCGUGGGGAAGAACAGGUCGCUAGAGCUGCAGGCUCGCACUGAAGAAGAGAAGAAAGAAUGGAUUCAGGUCAUCCAGGCCACCAUCACGAAGCACAGGCAGAACAGCGAGACCUUCCGGGCCUUCAGCAGUGCCUGCAGCCUGGACGAGGACCCCAGCCCUGCUCCAGACCUGCCUAUGACGAGUGCCAGCUCCGUGGAACCGACAGCAGCCAUCAACAGCAGCAGGAGUUCCAUGGGGCCGGAUCCCAGAAAGUUGUCCAAUAGGAGCAGACGUGACAAGGAGAAGCAGAGCUGUAAGAGCUGUGGGGAGACCUUCAACUCCAUCACCAAGAGGAGGCAUCACUGCAAGCUGUGUGGAGCGGUCAUCUGUGGGAAGUGCUCCGAGUUCAAGGCCGAGAACAGCAGGCAGAGCCGUGUCUGCAGAGAGUGUUUCCUGACCCAGCCAGCAGCUCCUGCCAGCCCCAGCCCCGAGCCUCCUGUCCAGGCCAAGCAGAGCCCAGCAGAGAAGCUGCCUGCUGCGGACUCCCAGCCCAGCCUUCUCUGUGGCCCCCUUCGGCUGUCAGAGGACGGGACGACCUGGAGUGAGGUGUGGGCCACCAUCCCUGUGCUGGGCACCCAGGUGCUGCACCUGAGAAGAGGCGGCCAGGAUGGCCAACAGCUGUGCCCCAUCCAUCUCCCAGGCUGCACAGUGAGCGUGCCGGACCCUGUGGAGGGCCGCACGGUGGGGCACCUGUGCAAGCUGCAGCGGGGCCAGCAGUCCUGGUACCUGAGCGUGCCCUCUGCAGAGCUGCAGCAGCGCUGGCUGCAGGCCCUGAGUACCGCCGCACAGAAGGACCCAGCCCCGGACAGCUCAGGUAUCUCGGAACCCCAACCACCGCUGGGCACAGCCGCUCCAUAAACAGUCUACCAGCUCGGCCACACCACGCCAGGCCUGUGAUAUCGCAGGAAGUGGUGUCGGAAGCCACACGAGGGAACGAAGGGCACCCUGGACUGCUGAAGGUGGACCAACAGCCCAGAGCUUAGGGCACUUGAUCCCUGAGGCUCUCGUCAUGGUACAGAAGGGAAGCUGAGGCCCAGAGGAGCAGCCACUUGCUCAGCAUAACACAACAAGGCCAAGAGCUCAGACUAUGCUGCAGCCCCAGUGGUGUGGCCGGGCAGGGAGUGUGGGCACUCCCAGGGGAAUGCCAUCGUCGGAGUGGGCUAUACUAUGGAUGCUGCCUCCAGGGAGGCGGACAGGGCUUUAGGGGGCUCCUGGCUGUCACCCCCAGGAGAGGCAAAGCCACAUACCUCUGCCCAUCCGUCAGCACCUGUGAAUUGGACUGUGACCUGCUCUUCCCACUUGGCUCCCUGCUCUGCCUCUUCAGGGUUUCCACUCUCAGUGCACCAUGGAGAGGCAGGGCUUCAACCUGCUCCCUCUGGCCAUUGUUCCUACACAGCCACCUUGGACUGUGUGGCCACCAAGGAGACUUGUAGCUGGGCCCUGCGGGCAGCAGUGCCUAUCUGCAGGAAUAAAUGCAGGAUGUCACAGG